UGAACCUGCAGGAGCUGAAUUCCUCAGCCAUAUUCCUUUAUUUUUAUUUUCUUCGGAGACGUCGCGGUGAUGCUACCGAGCGUCCUCGCACCACCCGCUAUGUACCCCAACCUUCUGCGGCCCCCCGCGGCGCUUUGCUUGCCGCAGACGUUACAGUCUGCGUUUACGGCGCACUCGAGUUUCCUGGUUGAGGACCUGUUGCGGAUCAGCCGACCCUCAAGCUACAUACACAGGACGGCUCCGUCUCCCACUGCGUCUCCCCCGGCCACAGGGGCCGUGAAUUUAAACAUCCAUUCGUCCUCAGACCCUAAAAGAACCAGCUCGCCGCAAACGUCUCUGUCCAACAACGACCCAAAUUAUUUGAAGUUCGGAGUAAAUGCCAUUCUGGCGCCAUCAACAAGAAACGCAUCGUCACCACCGGCAGUCCAUGGCAUGCCCGCGAAAGAAUUUCCGUUUCCGUAUUUUGAAGCUUCAUUCCAUCCAUUCAUCAGGGCGUCGUACUUUCCGGCCUCGACCUCCGUGGUUCCCAUACCUGGGACCUUCUCGUGGCCGCUGACGGCGAGAGGCAAGCCAAGGAGAGGAAUGCUGCGGCGGGCGGUCUUCUCGGACGUACAGCGUAAAGCCCUGGAAAAAAUGUUUCAAAAGCAGAAGUACAUCAGCAAGCCAGACAGAAAGAAACUGGCCACGAAACUCGGCCUAAAAGACUCUCAGGUCAAAAUUUGGUUCCAAAAUCGAAGAAUGAAAUGGCGCAAUUCCAAAGAGAGGGAGCUUUUGUCUUCUGGGGGCUGCCGAGAGCAAACGCUGCCAACAAAAAUGAACCCCAACCCAGACCUUAGCGACGUGGGGGAGAAGUGCGAGACCGACGGCGACAGUCUUCGGAGAAACAGCCCGCGCGGGGCCUUCUGUCACCCCCACGCACAAAACGUGCUUGUAAGCAGUCCGGGUUUGCACCUCGCGUCACCGUCGCACUCCAGCAAGCACUCCGACUCCUCCGACUCAGAGGACGAAGAAAUCACCGUGUCAUAGCCACAAAAUGCCGACUACGUUCCUAUGAAUAGCUCCUAAUUAGGCACAGCCUUACGCACGACGAGGCGAGACCGCACGGGGAACGCGAGCUGAGCGGAUAGAAAUGCUGUAGCAAACAGGCCCGUGUGUCCAAAACGGAACAGUCGAGCUGUUCGUUCAGCUGAAGAGCCUGCACUGUGGCGUUUGCUGCGUUUUUGCAGCUGGGAAGAUUUUGUACGCCGCUUUGUGCGCAUAUUUUGAAUAUUAUGUAUAGAAUGUUUUAUAGCUUCAUGCCUUUCCUGAUUUCUUCCCUUUUAGG